UCCUUCUGUCUUUCCGUUGUCUGCUGUCUGAUGUUGACGUGUGUUUAUUAAUGUUUGUGGAACUAAAUCUGUGACCGUUUUUAUUUUCAGAGUUAUUUAAAAAGACAUGGCUGCUGACUGGGAUGAGAUUCGGCGGCUUGCUGCUGACUUCCAGAGAGCGCAGUUUACGGACACUUUACAGAGGUUAUCGGAGAGGAACUGCAUUGAAAUAAUUAAUAAGCUGGUUGAAGACAAGAAGCUGGACGUGGUUCACACAUUGGACGGAAAAGAGUUCAUCACCCCGGCACAGAUCAGCAGAGAGAUCAGAGACGAGCUCUACGUGCACGGAGGGAGAAUCAACAUCGUGGACCUCCAGCAGAUUAUCAAUGUGGAUUUGAUCCACGUAGAAAGCAGAGCAAGUGAAAUUACAAAAUCUGAUAAAGGGAUCCAGUUUGUACUUGGACAGCUUAUUGACAACACGUACUUGGAUCGUCUGGCAGAGGAAGUCAACGACAAACUGCAGGAAGCUGGAUUGAUUAGUAUUUCUGAGCUCUGCAAAAGUUAUGAUCUUCCAGGAGAUUUCUUGAUUGAGGAGCUUUCAAAGCGCUUUGGAAAGUUUAUUCAAGGAGAAAUGGACCAGUAUAACCGAGGCGCCAUAUUUACUCCGGCAUUUGUUGCUCGACACAAGGCUCGAAUUCGUGGGCUUUUCACUGCCGUCACUCGACCAACUCCUGUCAGCAGUGUGAUCGGAGCGUUUGGGUUUCAAGAACAUCUCCUUUACUCUGUUUUGGAGGAGUUGGUGAACACCGGCCGUCUGAAAGGAUCUGUGGUUGGAGGCCGGCAGGACAAAGCCGUGUACAUCCCUGACAUUUACGCCAAAACACAGAAUACUUGGGUGGACUCCUUCCUCCAGCAGAAUGGGUAUUUAGAUUUCGAUGCUUUGGUCCGGCUGGGGAUCCCCGACCCCACCGGCUACAUUAAGAAACGCUUCAAAUCCAGCAAGCUGCUGUUCCUCCGAGCCGCCUGUGUGGGCCAGGCUUUGGUGGACCAGGUGGAGACUUCCGUGGAGGAGGCGGUCAGCUCUGCAUCGUGGACCGACAUACAGCCCAUUUUGCCCAGCAGCCUGACGGCGGAGGAUGUUGGGAUAUUGAUCAGCCACGCUAUGAGGAACACCAGCACACAGUCGUCGGCCAGAGUGCUCAGAGGCACGUUUGUCGUCAGCGAAAAGUUCAUCAGCAACUGUCUGUCUCUGUUUGAUGAGGCCAUGCAACAGAAAGCUCAGAAGGAAGUCAAGAACAACCCUGUUUUUCUGAUCACUGAGGAGGAUCUGAAGCACGCGUCCUUAAUCACAGAGCGCACAGCACCUUCAAAAAAGGAGAAGGCGGAGGUAGAGCGCAGGAAGAAGACGACAGAGGGCAGCGGCAGUGUGAAAGCCGGCGGAGGAGGCAACGCCAGAGAGAUCAGGAUUCGUAAAACCAAGAAGAAAGGAAGGAAGGAGGAGGACAGCGAUGAAGAAACCAGACCUUCACAGCAAAAUCGCAACAAAAAGACUGACGUCCCGUUUAUGAGCCAGGAGAAGAUCGUCGCCAUUUUAGAGGAGCGAGUGCGUGACUGUCCAGAAGAGCUCCUCUGUGAGCUGGCGGAGCAUUUAGCACGGCCUUUGAGUAAAAGCUAUCAGGAGGUCCUGCGGGCGGUGUUCAUGUCCUCCACCAGCUCUCCAUCAGGCACUCACAAAAAGAAGAGCAUGAAGGACCUUCAGGAGGAGAUAUCGAACCUUUACAACAACAUUCGACUGUUUGAAAAAGGUGCCAAGUUCUUCUCUGAUGAAACCCAAGGCCACAUCGCCAAACACACCCUAAAGACUGUGUGCACAGACGUCACCAACAUCUUGGUCAACUUCCUUGCUGCAGAUUUGAUGAUGUCUGUGGAAAAUCCCAGUUCCAUCACCAAUGAGGUUAGAGUGAAGAUUUUGGGGAAGUUACCAGAAGACACCAAAGGACCUCUGCUGAAGCUGCACAACUGCCUGAACGGAAAAACUAUUGAAGACUUUUUGACCAAUUUAGAAAUGUGUGCAGAGGUCUGUGGACUCAUGCUAAAGAAGGGAGACAAGAAAAAAGAGAGGCAGGCCCUGUUCCUGCACCGCCAGGCUCUGACUGAGCAGCUGAAGGAGGCUGAAGAUCCGGCUCUGAUCCUGCACCUGGCCAGCGUGCUGCUUUUUCAGGCCAGCACUCACUGCAUGCUGCAGGCUCCGGGACGCUGCGUGCCUCAGAUCAUCGGCAUGCUCACAGGACGGAUACCUGAGCGUCGCCCUCUGGUGGUCUGUGUGUUCCAGGAGCAGCAGCAGCUGCUGUCGGCCUAUCAGACGCUGGUGGUGAAGCAGCUGGUGAACCAGGGCAGGAAGCAGGAGGGCGGGGCCGAGGAAGAGGGGCGGAGCAUCCGCGCCCAGGUGGUGCCGCUCACGCCUCAGGUGAAGGAUCUGGUUCUGUCCCAGAAGAAGACUUCGCUGAGCGAGACGUGAAUGUUAGUCAUCUUUUACCGGCGGAGAAGUGACUCACGCUGUUGUUAAUGUGUUAAUAACACAUUAACAUUCUGUGGUUGUGAGUUUGAAUCUAAUUAAACCAACAUUUCUCCUUUUGUGGUUUCUUCCA